AUGGCCUAUGGCUCCUCCCGUAGUUAUCGCCAGGGUCAAAACACAAUUGAGAGCAGUACCCAGGUAGAGAGUGAUCGAUGUAUACGCUCCAUCGAGAUCAUUCGUACCACCAAAUACCUGUCCAACUUCAGAAAAUUUCAAAAUGUCCAGAAGACCGUGGAGGGGCGACUGACUACAUACAUGGAUACCUCUUCAGAGUCCUGGCUCGAUUCCAUGAUGCCUCAAACAUGCUCGGUUAUCUCGGACUACUUUGAGCACUGCAUAGUUAAGCAUUGUCUUCUCACUUCACCAACGAGCCGACCUUUCUACACAUUUGAUCCGAAAGCACAUAGAAAUAAGAAGACGAAAGGUCUUAUAAGCGUAAUAUUAACCCAGGCGGUUAUUAUUGGUUAUAUGAGCCCUCAGUCGGCUUAUUUGCCUGGACACCGCCAGCACCGCCUCUCCUCGCGGGAGAAUGGAAAAGGCGAAGCCAAACUUAUUUACACAGCCGUUCAGCCCCCCAAGCGCACCUAUCUGCUCCUCGAUCGAUCGAUUGGCUCUUCCAAUCGCCAACUGCAAUGCGUGUUUGCUGCCAUUCCUAGGGUCACGACGCCACUCGGGAGUCACUCACGGAUCAGACUGCUUGUUGAAGGCACCUUCACUGCGACUCGGAAACAAACAACCUAG